UAAUUUUUUGGUGGGGAUGGGAGCGGAUCAUUACGAUUUUGUUGCUAUGACUUGAAAAACAACAAAAAAACGAGCUCAAAGUAACGGAAUAUUGACCGCAUGCCUUUAUAGCCUGCCAUAGGUUUGUUUAUCGAUGUCUGUUGCGAUUCUAAUUAGUGUCGCCUAGCAACAGGGAUUACUUUAACCCGAGGGAAGCCCCUAAAGACAAAGCUCGUAUUCAAUUUUUCGUAAUGGAAGGAAUUACAGUUUAACAAGCGAUCAUGUGAAUCAUACAGGCAAUGUAGAGGCAGAAAUCUGUUAAAAACCCCUAAAUGGAUGGCCGUUUACGAAGAAAGUCCUUUGUCGAGCAUUCUGCUAUCGAAGCGUUGCUUUCUUGCAGCGAGAAGUGCACGGAAGAACCAUUCGAUCCCGUAGUGGUGACAUCGAGUUGGAAUGAAGUCGCCCGUGGCUGGCGGAAUGUUAAGCCAAAUGCUCGUUAUCUGACUUCGCCAGAAAAGCGUAAAAAGUCCAAGGAUAAAUUCCAAGUUGGUCAAACUUAUUCAGAUUCCGAGAAUCAACUCGCUAAAGUAAAGAAACUAGCUGGAAUGAUCGCUAAUUCGAACAUAAUCUUGAAAGACGACAGCUCUGCAACGAAACAUAAAACGGCCAGGAACACUGCCCUGGUUAAGUAUCAAAACUGCGGGGUUUUGUCUUACGAUGUGCCUUGUUGGAGAUUUAUUUUAGAGCCUAAGCAUUUCCGAUACAUUGAAAGACUUGGGUUUUUAGACAUUCGUGCUCUGAACGAUGUCAAAAGGAGUAGUAUUACUUAUUCCUUGAUGCUAGAUAAUGGUUCCAUGAUAACGUGCCAAGAAGUAAAUGGACGCAUUGUUCUUUUCGAUCCAGCUCUAACUUUUGAUCGUCAUUUAUUAGCGACCUACGAACUUAGAGAAGAACAUAAGCUAAGGUCUUGUCAUAGGACGAAUGGCUCGUGUGAAUUUGCUACUGAUUUUUUUCAAACAAGAACAGAAGACAAUAGAAUCAAAGUUGUACAGACAAUCAGUUCAAAAUCAAGUGCAGGGGCUUGUAGUUCUUGUGAGAUGUGUCGACACAGAACCCAAGAUUUCGCCCCAAAUCCGCCGAAAUUACCCUCUCCUAAGAAUAAAAACUCGGAACUCAAACCUUUACAGAAAAUCACUCCUUCACAGAAAAAGACUGCAGAAGAUAACCGUGCUCUUGGUAAAGUGUUGAUUCAGCAUGCUUUUAAUUACGGCCGCACGAAGGAGGUGCCUUCGAAGUCAGUCAAAGACAACAAAGACAAAAAAUCAAAAGAAGGAAAGGUUUAUCAUUCUAGACACACAGUGCGUCUUGACUGGCUGCCUAUCACACGAAGUACAAUCGCGUAUCCUUAUGUCCAAGGUAUUCCAGAAAGUAACAGUGAUAGUAGUAGCAGUGGUAGCAGUGUUCCUGAACAAUCUUCAUCAAGUAUGAUCAAGUCGUAUGCCCUCCCAAGACAUCAACCAAAGGCUAGAAAAUUGACAUUGAGUGAGGCUGCCAGUCUGGUUCCCAAGUCAUCAAAGCUGGGCAAUGCUUUUGAUAACCUAACGAAAGAGCUGAAAAAUAAGCAUGAGAAAUCGUUGAGUUUAUCAGAACCUUUACUACCAUCUGUUUCUGGAACCAAACUACAAGUUUCCAUAUCGGGAAUUGACUUGUGAGUUCCUAAAAAUUCCAGGUUUCAAACCAGUUAUGUAAUAGGAUACCCUUCUAUAUCCUCCCCUGCCUCCCAAAAGCCGGCCCAUACAUCAUCAUGGGAAUUGUGUACUGUGUGAAGACAGGACCAUUCUGGUCGGUCUGCUUCCUCAUUCCUGAGAUAUGCACAGAAUGAUUUCCAUCUUAAAUUAAAAGAAUCUAUUAUAAAAAGCAAGAUCCAAAAUAACCUUGUCUUAAGCGCAGUAAGUAAGGAUAUCAGGGGUAUGGUCCACACAAACUUUUCUUCACUUCAGUCACCCCGUCCAGGUAGGAAAGGACUAAGGAGAGGGCAUUAGUCGUGAGGUUGGGGUGUGGAUAUGCAUUACGUGAAGUCUCCAUUUUAUGAAGCAAAAUGAAAUUAAAAUCUUCAAAUGUUCUAAAGUUGAUACAAUCUUUAAAUUAUUUAUUAAGAGACCUCAUUCCCCUCCUGCCCAUGCCCACUCAUUGGUACUGAAGGCUUCUGACAGAGAAAAUAAUCAUUUGUAUUAUAUAUGUAUAUAUUAGAAAGCUUUAAAUUUGUUAAAUGGAUGAAAUCCAAUUAGAUAAGAAGUGAAAUGUUUUUAUAAAUUAUUUUAAAGGGGUAAGUACUUCAUUUUUAUGAGUAUUUUGGAAAAAGUAAGUAUUGAUAUAUCGGACAUCAAAAUUUUUAUUUUUGAUCCUUUUGAAGAUUUUUAAAGGAACUGUCCUUACUUCCAAAGAGUGUUUUAAAAAGUGCUGGAAUUGUUAAUAUUUUUAGUAGAAACGAUGUUCCUCAAGACUUUAUCCUGGUGCCAAUAACAACAGAUUCAUUGUUAAAAAGGGAGCAUUCAUUAUAUUUAGGAAGACAGGCAAUAAAUAGACUAAAUUAAUUUGGGCGUAAGGUUACCCACAUCAGACCACGUGUAAUUCUCUUGAGAAUUAAGAUUCUUUGUUCGAGUUGAGUAUUGAUAUUAAUAAUAAUAUUAAUAAUAAUAAUAACAAUAAUAAUAUAAUUAUUAUUAUUAUGGUUUAUUAUGUUCCACCAGGCAUCUGUUCUAUGCUAUAUAAUUAAUAUAUAUAUAUAUACAAUAAAAUGAUACUAAUUUAUACUAUUAUGCUAACAUUACUAAAUAUUAGUUCAUGUCAUCUUUUCAUGCCAACAGUUAAACAACAAAAGACUGAUACUCUUUUUGAAUCUUAUUUAUCGCCAUAAUAAAGAUUAUUAUUAUUACUAUUAUUAUUAAUUACACUUGGCCUAAAAUGGGAUGUAAAAUCUAUCUGCCAAAGCUAACUUGGUCUAUCGAUAGACUUGUAAAUAUUAACAAUUCCCCAUGUGAAUGUGAGUCAUGCCCAAGUUCGCCUUGAUACAGUAUAAAAUCAGCCACUAAUUUCUUCCUUCUCCAUCACCACCUUAAAGAGAUAAUAAUGGUCUGUAAGGUCUUAUAGAAUGUGUUUAUAGUUUUGAUAAUGAAAUAAAGUUUGGAUAUAACAUUA